GCGGAAGUUUUGGAGCCAACGCGCCGCUCCUCCGCUCAGCUUCUCUCCGCGGAGUUUCCCAGUUUCACCUCAGUUCUGGGCUUCGUUCUCCGGUGCGCGCCCUGACUGAGACUCGGCUCUGACUGAGACUCGGCUCUGGGCUUCGUUCUCCGGUGUGCGCCCUGACACACACACACACACACCCGGCGCUAUGUCCUCGCCCGCGGAGCUCCAGGUCACUCCCUCGGACGGGACAGAGCUGCAGGAGGGUGCCCUAAAGUCGUCCACGGUGAACCGGAUCCUGAUGGAGUUUCUGAUGUACCUGGGCCGGAGCGUGCUGCUGCUCUACCCCGUGUACCUGACGGGAUCCUUGGGGCUGAGUGUGAGCUGGGUGCUGCUGAUCAUGCUGCUGCUCACCUGGUGGAGCAAGAACCGCGAGUGGAAAGAUGCGCGCAUCGGCACCGCGCUGGAGCUGCAGGACAACGAGACCCGGGUGAUCCACGCGGAGCUCCAAAACUCCCUGCAGCACGCGUCCUGGGUGAAUUUUCCUGAGGUGGAGAAAGUGGACUGGGUCAAUAAGGUCCUGGAACAGGCCUGGCCCUUUUUUGGAAUGUUUAUGGAGAAAUUAUUAAGAACAAAUAUUCAGCCUCAGGUUCGACAGUCCAGCCCCGCUCUGAAGACCUUUACCUUCACCAAGGUGCACUUUGGACAUGUGCCUCUGAGGAUCACUGGGAUGAAAGCUUACACACACGAGGUCGAUCAGAGAGAGGUGAUUCUGGAUCUUAAUAUCAGUUGGUCGGGAGACGUGGACAUCGACGCAGACGUGAAGCCUCCCAUCACCGCCGGGGUCAAAGGGCUCAAACUGCAGGGGAUGAUACGCGUGAUCCUGGAGCCUCUGAUUGGACAGGUCCCUUUAGUGGGCGGAGUCACCUUCUUCUUCAUCAGACGCCCCACUUUGCAGAUCAACUGGACAGGAACCACCAACCUUCUGGACAGCCCGGCCUUCAGUUCUCUGUCUGAGGAAACCAUCAUGGACAUCAUUGCCUCCAUCAUGGUGCUGCCGAACAGAAUGUGCUUCCCCCUCAUCGACCAGGUCAAAGUGGACCAGAUGAGGUUCCCCAUGCCCCGGGGCGUGGUCCGUGUUCACCUGCUCGAGGCUCGGGACCUCAUGGCCAAAGACACGUACAUGAUGGGAUUGGUGAAGGGGAAGUCGGAUCCUUACACCACACUCCGAGUCGGGAACAGACACUUCAAGAGCAAAACCAUCAAGGAAAACCUGCACCCCAAAUGGAACGAGGUCUACCAGUUUGUGGUCCACGAGGCGCCGGGACAGGAGCUGGAGCUGGAGCUGUUCGACGAAGACACUGACAAAGACGACUUCCUUGGACGGUACAAUCUGGACCUGGGGGAGGUGAAGAAAAACAAAGUCAUGGACACGUGGUUCACUCUAGAGGGCGCUCAGAGUGGGGAGGUCCACCUCAAACUGCAGUGGCUUUCUCUCCAGACUGACCCCCAUCUGCUCAAAGAGAGGGACGAUGGUUUGGCCUGUGCCAUGUUGGCCGUUUACCUGGACAAUGCCUCAGCUCUCCCGAAAGACCACAGUGAGAUCACGCACAAUCAGAAACACGGCAAGCACAGAGAGAGAGAGGCACGGUUAACAAAGAGAACAGUAAACCCCAACUCGUUUGUGGAGCUGUCUGUGGACAAAGACGUGCAGAAAAGCAAGGUGGUGUUCGCGUCCAGAGACCCCGUUUGGGAAGAGGGCUUCACCUUUUUUGUGCACAACAUCAAUACACAACAACUACAAGUGCAGGUGAAGGAGCCGGAGAAGAAGACCUCCCUGGGUGUCCUGACUCUUCCUCUGAGCCGCCUCCUGCAUAUCUCAGACAUGACUCUGGACCAGCGCUUCCUGCUGGAGAGAUCCGGCGCUACAAGUCAGAUCAAGCUCAAGGCCACACUCAGGAUUCUGACAGAAGAUAAACCUCCUCCAAAGAUCGAACCAACUGAGCUCAAAUCCUCUUCUGCGUCGGCCAAUUACAGCCUUCCUCCAGGCUCCGCCCCUCAGACAGCUGGCUCUGCCCCUCCUACAGAGAAGCCCACCCUCAAUGCCAAAAGCUCUGCUCCCUGGACCCAGUCCCCGGUCCAGGUCCCCGAGUCUGGAUCUAAACCCUUGUCUCAGAAUCCGAGCGCCGCUCCGGGCUCUCACACGCUGCACUCCCCCUCCUCCUCCAGUAUGAGGCGCUACGACUCCCAGAGCCUCCUGUCCGACAACUCCAUCGCCUCGUCACGCUUCGACCUGGCAGAGGGUGCCAACUACCCAGAAGCUGUGAGGAACCACGGCGGCUCGUUCGGGGAGAUCCACCUCACCGUGAAAUACGCCACUCUGAGGAACAAGCUCCUCGUGCUGGUGGAUGCCUGCAGAGAGCUGUUUCCCUGCAGUGAAAACGGCACAGAUUCGUAUGUUCGCCUGUAUCUGCUCCCGGACCAAUCCUGGAAUCACCGAAAGAGGACUCAUGUCAAGAAGAGGACCCUAAACCCAGUCUUCAACGACAAAUUUGAGUUUGACGUCUCUUAUGAAGAAGCCAAAACUCGGAAGUUGGACGUAGCUGUAAAAAAUCACAAAAUGUUCCACACCAGAGAGAGAAAAGACAUCGGCAUGGUGAUGCUCGAUCUGGCUCAGUUGGAUAUUUUGAGAGGUGUCACAGAUUGGUUUGAGCUCACACUUCCAGGGCUGAAGAGACCAUAGAACAUCUGAUUAUCACUAUCACAGUAUAGUAGGAACAGCUUUUUAUCGUUAGAUUUAUAUUAUAACAAAUACACAAUGCGAUUCAAUCAAAAACAAGUCUAGGCCUCGAUAUAGUCCUCGCCUGUGUUUAGUCCUGGCUCGUAGGUUUUGUUUACUCCUGUUUUAGUCUUGGUUUUAGACAUGUUUUUACAUUGCGGAGUCCUGGUUUUCAUCCUCUUAUCAUCCUGGUUUUAGUCCUGUUUUAAUCCUGUUUUAGUCCUGUUUUAGUUCUGUUUUAGACCUGGGUUUAGUCCUGGGUUUAGUCCUGGUUUUAGUCCUGUUUUAGUCCUGUUUUAGAUCUGGCUUUAGUCCUUUGUCAGGUCAAAUUUUGAAAUUGCGAAAUGGUAAUACAAUUCAAAUUACAAAAUCAUUCUAAGUAGCAAAAGACUUCUGGAAUACAAUUUGGUCAAUAACAAGUCUAGAGCUGGAUUUAGUCCUCGUCCUUGUUUAGACGUGAUUAGAAGGUCUGGUUUAUGUUAAAUAUUUAUCAUGUUUUAGUCCUGUUUUAGUCCUGUCUUAGACCUGAUUUAGUCCUGAUGUAAUUAGCCUUGUCUUAGUUCUGGUUUUAGACCUAGUUCAGUCCUGUCUUAGCCCUUGUUUUAGACCUGGGUUAGUCCUUGUUUAGUGGUUGUAUAACACAAUUCACUUGACCAGAAUGGUACUGAAUGUGUUUGAGCCAAAAUGGACGCCUUUGAAAAAUGUUUGGCCCUGAAUGCUGCGGUUGCUGUUGGUUUAUGUAUAAUUUACAGAACGAAUUCUGUUUCAUUCUUUUGUAAAAACAGAAAUCUAAGUUUGUCAAGUGCUUAACUUAUAAUUAUAUCAUAGUGGGGGAAAGUGAGUAGGGCUUUCAUACUAUUACAUAUUUCAUGCAAUAAUAUGAAAACUUAUGUUAAAAUAUAUAUAUUUUUUUACAUUUUAAAGUUGCACUAACUCUAAAAGUCAUAUGUUUUAAUAGUAAAUGUAUGUCACAAAGCCCAUGUAUGCUGCUGUUUGAUUGGUGUGGAUGUUUUCUGGUAAAUUCUAUCUUAAAGAUCAAUAUUUUAUUCAGCCUUUCUUUUUUGGCUCGUGUGUCUUUCUACUGAUUAUUUUAACUGUCAUAAAUUAACAAGAUAAACGGUUGUGGUGUUGUUUCUCUAUUCUAUUUCUCUGUGAUACAACUAGCUAACAGUAGUGUGUUAGCUAGCACUCAUAACUUAAUGUAAUAUUUUAUGUAAUAAGUCUAGUUUAGUCUUGAAGAACAAUAUUUUAUUUAUCCUUUCUUUAUUUUGGUUUUUGUGUCUUUUCACUCAUUAUUUUAACUGCAAACCCUGUCGUAAAUAAACAAGAUAAACGGUU